AUGAGCUUUCAGGAUCUUGAAGCGGGGACGCCGUUGAGAUCGCAAGGGAAUUUGAUCAACAAGGAUGGAGGAACAACACAAGCGGUGGCGUCUGGCAUCUUUCAGAUCAACACGGCCGUUUCUACCUUCCAGCGCAUUGUUAAUACUCUCGGCACUCCCAAGGAUACUCCGGAGCUCCGUGACAAGCUGCACAAGACAAAGUUACAUAUUGGGCACUUGGUAAAGGACACUUCGACGAAACUUAAAGACGCUAGCGAGACCGAUCAUCAUCGAGAUGUUGCUAAAAGUAAGAAGAUUGCAGAUGCUAAGCUUGCAAGGGAUUUCGAAGCAGUGCUUAAAGAGUUUCAGAAGGCACAGCGGAUUGCUGCUGAAAGGGAAACUAAAUACACUCUUUUUGAUCCAAAAGGCGACCUGUCUUCAAGUGAAGUAGACAUUGGCUAUGAUAGAUCACAAGAGCAGCGUGUCCUCAUGGAAUCUAGAAGGCAAGAAGUUUUGUUGCUUGACAACGAAAUAUCCUUUAACGAAGCAGUGAUAGAGGAAAGAGAGCUGGGGAUACAGGAAGUUCAGCAGCAAAUAGGAGAAGUAAACGAGAUUUUCAAAGAUCUUGCGGUGUUGGUUCACGACCAAGGAGCUAUGAUAGAUGAUAUUGGUAGCCAUGUCGAGAAUGCACAUUCUUCAACAGCUCAGGGAAGGUCUCAUCUCGUGAAAGCCUCCAGGACACAACGAUCAAACUCAUCUCUGAUGUGCUUACUAAUGGUGAUAUUUGGUAUCGUUCUACUCAUCGUUGUCAUAGUACUCGCAGCAUGAGUCGCCUGAAAAAACAAUCGUGGCAUUCAAGAGAAGUGGGUUUGGAC